UAGCCAAUCGUCGUUGUGCACGGUGUGAACACGGGUGCCCGCCGCUCAUUUCUAUCUACUACGGCUGAUGUCACCUACCAGACUGUUGGAUGGAACAUUGCGGGAGCACAAUGCGAUAUCAACGGAGUCGUCUACACAGAGCAUGGUGACUGUCUGUUGAGUGAUGAUGGCUUUCUUCCAGAACAACUUCUGGGGGGAGAAGAACGGCGGCUUUGACGUGCUUUACCACAACAUGAAGCACGGCCAGCUGGCAACCAAGGAACUCGCCGAGUUUGUUCGCGAGAGAGCUGCCAUCGAGGAGACUUACUCCAAAUCCAUGGGCAAACUGGCUAAGAUGGCCAGCAACGGAAGCCCGCAAGGGACGUUUGCACCAAUGUGGGAUGUGUUCAGGGUGUCUUCUGACAAACUGGCUCUCUGCCAUCUUGAGCUCAUGAGAAAGAUGAACGAUCUCAUUCGGGACAUCAAUAAGUACGGUGAUGAGCAGGUCAAAAUUCACCGCAAGACAAAGGAAGACAUGGUGGGGACUGUCGAGGCGGUGCAGGCACUGCAAGUUCAGAGUGGCCACCUUCAGAAGUCCAAAGAGGGUUACCAUGCCAAAUGUUUGGAGCUGGAGAGGCUCAGGAAGGAGGGAGCACCACAGAAGGAACAGGAAAAAGCGGAUCUGAAGUCUAAGAAAGCAGCAGAAUCAUUUGCACUGUGUAUUGAAAAGCACAAUCGAGUGGGAGGAGAGUUUGAACAAAAGAUGAACGAGUCUGCUCAGAGGUUUCAGGAAAUUGAGGAAGCCCAUUUGCAACAGAUGAAACAUUUGAUUAAAGCUUAUUCCCACUCCAUAGAAGACACUCAUGUACAAGUUGGCCAGGUCCAUGAGGAAUUCAAGCAAAAUGUAGAAAAUAUUGGCAUCAAUACCCUCAUCCAGAAAUUUGCAGAGCUGAAGGGCACUGGCAAGGAAAGGCCCGCUGUAGUCAGUUUUGAGGAGUACAUGACAGCCAUAGCACCCGAGGGCGGAAAGAAGAGUCGGGCCAAAGCCUUCCGGAUCCCCGGACUGGGCAAGCGGGACAAGGAGCCGGACUCCACGGAUUCUGCUGUGACUGAGAUACCGAAUUCACCCUUUGAUGUAGACGAUGAAGGAUUCGUCAUCCGAGCUGACAGCACUCAGAAUGGCUGCUCUAAAGAGAAGGACAACAACUUCUAUUCCAGCGACUCCGACUUUGAUGAUGACGAGCCCAAGAAGUUCCAGAUCCAGAUCAGACCGGUGGCCAACAGCUCCCGCAGCAGUGCAGCCGCCCGUGAGAAGGAGCUGAAAGCUACUGUGGGAACUCUUACCUUGCCACCCAACAGAGGGGUAAAAGUCAAAAGGCAUCUUUCCAGAAACUCGAGCACAGGCGGACGUACCGAUGACGAGGGCACCUCUUCUCGAGAUGGUGAGCAGGAGGGCCUGCGCAGGUCAACUUCCAGUCCAGAUCACAGCAGAUUGAGUUCUACAGCAUCCGGUACCGACAGUCUGUUUGGGCCGCCUCUCGAAACAGCCUUGAAAUUCAAAAGCUUUAGUGGUCGGGGACAGCUCCAACAACAAAGUUCCUUUGGUGCCUCUGAAUAUGCUGCCUUUUCAUCAGACUCUUCCUCACCAGAGAACAUUGAGGACUCGGGUUUGGACUCACCCUCCCUUCAGCCGCUCGACCCCUCCCCUGAGCCGGCGGGCUGGGCGGCGUGGCCUCCCGUUUCACAAAGCAAAGAACAGACACAAAUACGAGGGCGACCUGCUGCUGACCCUUUCCUCUCAGCCUUCUGUGAGCCCUCCCCUGCUCAAAGUCCUCAUGGGCAGGAUGACCCCGUGACCGCUGUCGGUUCUUCCCGUUCCUCGAGACGCCCCUCAGACGUGGACUCCUCCUCAGCCGGGCGCUUCUUCCCUGCUUUCCAGCAGUCCUUCCCCUCAAUGGAGAUGGAGUCAGCGGCGUGGAACUGCAGACAUCACCCCGAAGAUCCCUUCUUUGCCGCUUUUGACAGGAACGUCACACAGGAGACCUUCAACCUGGCCGACGCCUGGCUGCGCCAUCCUCCGCGCCCGACCCAGGACGGACGAGGAACGGAGGCGCGAGGGGACCCCUUCUCCAUCGCUAGCGCUGACACCAAGCCGCUCCCGCCCCCUUCUUCCUCCACCUCAUCUAAUCGUAAAAACAGAGAGCGAAAACGAGACCGAAGCCUACCGCCGCCGGUUUCUUCCGAUGACCCGUUUGCCAUCACCAUGAUCGGAAGCCCCACCCACCAGUCGUCACUGGCUGCAGCAGGAGGAAUAAUCCCACGUAGCACCAGCAAUAAGCUGACAUUUGAUAACAACCCGGAAUCUUUUGCUCCAUCGCAGCAGCCAAAGAAGGAACUUGCCCAUUGGAAUUCUCUCCAUAACCCGUUUAGCGAGGGACAGCCGAGCAAUUCCAGAGCAAACGACGCGGCGGGACUAGGGAAAGGAGAUUGUGUCGGCGGCGAGAGGAGAAAACAUCGCUCGUCAGAGAGCGAACCUCGCCGGAACGCUCCUCCGCUCACGAGACAUUCUGGCCCGCAGGAGGAUCUUUGUUUCUCCACGGACAAAGACCAAGACUGUCUGGACAUCAACACGCCCCAGCCUUGCAGUGUCAUCUCUCACAAGGGUACCAAACACCACUUUAGACAUCAAUCGUUUGACGUGGUCACGGCUGCUCUUUCCAGGGCCAACAAGCCCAGCAAGAAGAGCGCCAAUCUACUCAGCGGCAAUGACAGAUCUCAGUCCCGGUCGUUGUGCUCCUCGCCUUUGCCGGAGCCCAGCGCCUCCCUCACCUCCUCGUCUUCCUCCAGUCCCAGCGAGUGGGGACCUCAAUGUAGGGACGUUGAAUGGGGAGGACAGAACCGAGCCCCCAGCCCUGCCCGGGUGCGGCAAGCCUCACCUUUGCCUUACCCGCUCCAGGACCAGCCGUCCAGAAAAUUGCACCUGUCCCGAGGCCCCAGUCCCCUUUCCCUCAGCACCCAGGAGGCUUGGCCCGUGGCCGCCGCCAUCACCGAGUACAUCAACGCUUACUUCAAGGGCGGACAACACAAUCAGUGUCUGGUGAAGAUCACAGGCGAUUUGACCAUGUCCUUCCCAGCAGGCAUCAGCCGCAUUUUCACAGCAAAGCCCAACGUCCCUGUGCUCAGCUUCCGACUGGUCAACAUUUCCAAAAUAGACCACUUCUUACCUAAUCAGAAGCUUCUCUUCAGUGAUCCGUCUCAGAGUGACCCGGAGGCCCGAGACUUCUGGUUCAACAUGCAGGCCCUGCAGGUGUACUUGCAGCGGGAGGCUGAACUCAACCCCCAGGCCUCUUACUACAAUGUCGGACUGCUCAAGUAUCAGGUGUCAUCUCAGGAUCCAGCCCGGGCUCCUCUCCUGCUGUCGGGGGAGUGCCAGCGCAGCGGCACAGUGACCCGGGUGUCGCUGGACUACCAUUGCUGUCCCGUCACAGCGCCGUCCACUCAGCUCACCGCCGUCCAGGUGCUGCUGCAGUUGGACCACACGGCGGCCGACCUGCAGUGUCAGCCGCCUGCCUCCUGGAACGCCGAGGAAAGACGUCUGCUGUGGAAGCUUGCCAACCUCUCGCCCACCAACCACAGCAAAGGCUCGGGGACUCUGUGUGCCAGCUGGCAGUGUUUGGAGGUCCCUCGCGGCCCCCCGCCCAACCUGGCCGUUCAGUUUGUGGGCUCCGGGGCCUCUCUGUCAGGCAUGGACGUGGAGCUGGUCGGCAGCCGCUAUCGCAUGUCGCUCAUCAAGAAGAGAUUCGCCACAGGAAAGUAUAUGGCAGGCUGCACCUUGUGAACAUAAUGACAUCGUUGGAGCUUCUGAGACGUUUGCUACUAGGUCAAUGUUGAAGGACCACAAGCACUUAAUUGUGACACUGUUUCUGCUGCUAUGGUCUCUUUAUUGUCUCUUGUGUGUUCAUUUUUCCUGGAGAAAAUGUACUUCCUUGUUUCAUCCCUUUAUACUACUGGACUGCAAACUAAGCUAAAUGUUAAAAGUCGACACUUGGUGUACAGGGAAGCAUGUAUUGAGUAAUAACUUAAGCAUAGUCUGAGUGGCAAUUGAACACUUAAGAGUAGGAAGUGACUGGCAUAUCCUAAAUGAUUGAACAGGGUCAUUGUUAUAUCUUCUUCUCUACCUUAAAAAAAAAAAAAAAAAAAAAGAAGCAAUGUUUGCAUAUCUG